UGGGACUUUUGCGCAAGCAUUUGAUAGGCAUGAGAUUCAGUUCAAGUUGGAGAUGGAGAAGGUGGGGAGAUGGAGGAAAGCUCUCACUGAAGCUGCGAAUUUGUCUGGGUGGGAUUUGCAGAACAUUGCAAAUGGGUAUGAGUCAAAAUUUAUCCAAAAAAUUGUUGAUGAGAUCUUACUAAGGUAAAUCAAACACCAUUGUUUGUUGCCAAAUAUCCAGUUGGAAUAGCUUCUCGUGUGGAAAAGAUAAAUGUGUUGCUAGAUGUUGAGUCAAAUGAUGUUCGCAUGGUUGGAAUUUGUGGCAUGGGUGGAGUGGGUAAGACAACCAUUGCUAAGGCCAUUUACAAUCUAUUAUUUCACCAAUUUGAAGGCAGCAGCUUUCUUCCAACUAUUAGGGAAUCUUCAGAACAACCUAAUGGUCUAGCCCAUUUGCAAGAACAACUUCUUUAUGAUAUUCUCCAUAAAGAGAAUUUGCAAAUAAGGCAUGUUGCUAGAGGAGUCAACGUUAUUCGAGAAAGACUCCGAUGUAAAAAGGUUCUUAUUGUUCUUGAUGAUGUAGAUCAACUGUAUCAGUUUAAUGCAUUUUGUGGAGGUAGAACAUUUGAUUGGUUUGGCCCAGGAAGUAGAAUCAUUGUAACCACUAGAGAUAAGGAUCUGGCAAAGCAAAUUGGAGUGGAAGAAGUAUAUGAAGCUGAAGAAUUGGAUUUUUGUGAAUCUCUUGAGCUUUUCAGUUGUCAUGCCUUUAGAAAAAACAGUCCAAUAGAAAAUUACAUAGAGCUUUCAGAAAGCGUGGUGAAAUAUGUUGGAGGUCUUCCAUUAGCUCUUGAGGUCAUUGGUUCUUCCCUGUUUUUGAAAAGAAGCAUACCUGAAUGGGAAAGCACUAUAAGGAAAUUAAAAAAUGUUCCUUAUAAUCAGAUUCAAGGUAUAUUGAGAUUGAGUUUUGAUGCACUAGAUGAGACGGAAAAGGAUAUAUUUCUUGACAUUGCAUGCUUCUUUAUUGGAAGGGAUAAGGAUGAUGUAUGUAGAAUAUUAGAAGGUUGUGGUUUCUUCCCAGACAUUGGAAUUAGAGAUCUUGUCCAAAGGUCUCUCAUAACAAUUGAUAAUCAAAAGAAGCUCGGGAUGCAUGAUCUACUUCGAGAUAUGGGAAGAGAAAUCGUUCAUGAAGAAUCACCCAAGGAACCUGGAGAGCGUAGUAGAUUGUGGUUUCAUGAGGAGGUCUAUGAUGUAUUAACUAAACACAAGGGAACAGAAAUCGUUGAAGGCCUCAUCCUAGAUAACUCUUCUCAAUUACUUGAAGUGCCUUUGAGUACUAAGGCAUUUAAAAAUAUGCACAAACUAAGAGUGCUCCAAAUCAAUUAUUUACAACUCAUGGGAAGUUAUGAACUUCUUUCUAAAGAGCUGAGAUGGCUAUGUUGGCAUGGAUUCCCUUUGACAUCUAUACCUUCUAGUUUCAACUUGGAUAAACUUGUUGAUCUUGACAUUCAACAUAGCCGCAUUAAGCUGGUUUGGAAGGAAUUCAAGCUACUCCAAAAUUUGAAAGUCCUAAACCUCAGUCAUUCUAGUUUCCUUAUCAAAACCCCCAACUUCAUAGGGCUCCCAAAUCUUGAGAAGUUGAUCCUUGAGAGUUGUAAGACAUUGCUUGAAAUUCACCAAUCCAUUGGGUUUCUUAAUAAACUGAUUUUCCUCAAUCUGAAGGACUGCAGCAACUUAGUAAAUCUUCCAAGAAGCAUUUGUAGGUUGACAUCUCUUGUAAAUCUUACCCUCACUGGCUGCUCGAAACUCCGUAAUUUACCUGAGGAACUGGGUAAUAUGAAAUCUUUAAUGGAACUUCAUGCAGAUGGAACUGCUAUAACAAAAUUACCCCUUUCCAUUUCACAUUUGAGAAACCUCAAAUCCUUAUCUUUACGUGGAUCUAAAGGACCUCUUUCAAGAUCAUGGUAUUCAUUAUUUUCAGCAUGGAGAUCACCAAGGAUGGCUCCUAAUCUUAUAAGUACCCCAGUCUUGGCUUCUUUUUCUGGUUUAUACUCCCUAAGAGAGCUAGAUCUUGGCUACUGCAAUCUGUCAGAUGGUGCAAUUCCAUUUGAUCUGGGAAGCUUAUUGUCAUUACAAACCAUGAAAUUAAGUGCAAACAAUUUCAGAAGCCUACCAGCCAGCAUUAAUCGCCUUUCUCGUCUGGAACUUCUUAUUGUAGAUCAUUGCACGAGGCUUGAUCAACUCCCUGAGCUUCCAUCAAGUUUAGUGCUGUUGGCAGCAAAAAGUUGCACAUCAAUGGAGAGAUUGCCAGUCAACAUGGGUCUUCUUUCUAAGCUCUCUAGUGUUUUGUUGAAUGAUUGCACAAGGUUGAAAUCUCUCCCUGAAGAUCUCCCAUCUAGUCUAAGAAGCUUGAGUAUAGAAUCUUGCAAAUCAUUGGAAGGCUUACCUAAUUUUGUGAACAUACCAUCAUUAAGUAAUUUACAUCUUAGUAACAACAAUUUCAGUAGUCUACCUGCCAGCAUAAGUCAACUUUCUCAUCUUCAAACUCUUUAUAUGCGUAACUGCACAAGGGUUCAAUCACUUCCAGAUCUUCCCACAAGUGUAAGGAAUCUGUUUGCUGAUGGUUGCUCAUCAAUGUUGCUUACUGAGAGCAAGAAGGAAGUUGAGAGUUCAGAAUCACCAUACAAGAAAUUGCCAGAUAUUGUUAGAAAGAGCUUCCUCCAGGGACUGUUUGGCCAGUUUGACAUCUUUCUUACUGGAAGUGAUAUUCCAGAAUGGUUUAGCCAUCAGACUCUGGGAUCUUCUUUAUCUUUUGAGCUGCCUCAAAUUCUGAAUUCCAAGAUUCAGGGCUUGACGGUAUGUGCUAUUUAUGCAGCCGAAGUUGAAGGCAAAGAGGUGCUUGCAGCUCCUUCAGUUUCUUUUUGCAAUAAAACUAACGGUCGUCGUUGGUCCUACACUCCAAACCAACAUGAAACCCCAAUAACAUGUCAAGAUCAAAUCUGGGUGGGACAUAUACCACAUACCAAGUUCAAGAAUUCUUUGGAAGGUGGGGAUCAACUGGAAGUUUCAAUAGAAAUGGAGCAAUAUUGGGGCUAUUUUCCAGACAUUUUUUCUGGGAAUCAUUUCGGAAUAGAGCAUUCGAUCCAUGUGAAGAAGUGUGGGAUCCAUCUAGUAUACCAGGCAGAUGAGAAGGGUUCUCAUUCAAAUGUCUCAGAAAUUAUCCAAGAAGGCAUUAAUACAAGUGCUAAGAGAUGAGGUGAGAUCUAUUAAUGGAUUGUCAAGGGAGGACCAAGCCCUAAACCUUUCAGGUCUGACCCUGGCCAGACAGAAAGUUUUGAAGAGGAAGACGAAGUACAAAAAGCCUACAAGAUUUGAUAAAAGCUAGAGAAAAUUUGAAUUGAGUGUGGCAUUUUGAUCUUUACAUAUCCAAGGUAGGAAGCACUGAAAAUGACAUUAUUGUGGUUCUUCACAGUAGGGUCUAGGCCGAACACAUCUAAUUUUGAUCUUACAAAUGUCUAUGCUCUAUCUGAAUUCAGCAGAUCUCAAUUAUUAUCAACUGUAUUGAAAGAGAAUGGUUGCCUCGUUUUGGAGCUUACAAGUAUUGCAGCAUAGCCCAUAGUGUGCACAACA